UCAAAACUGACAGUACUGACACUGAUUUGUAAGGUGAUUUAAAAAAUAAAUUAUUUUCUAAAAAACAUACUUGUUAAGAAUAAGAAAUAUUCUAAAAUACAAAAUGACUAUAAGUGAGAAUGCAGAGGAUGAUUCAAUUAAUGAAGAAUCGAAAACGAAGACUGAUGAGGAUACCGACGAGGCUGAAAAAGCACUUUUAACCUCUUUUAUCCAAGAAAUUCAAGAAAAACAAACAUUGAAAAAAGAAUUAAGGGCAAAAAAUUUAAAUGCUUCUAAUAUAAGGCCAAGCGAUUCAUCUUUUAGUAAACUAGAUUCAAGCUUAAAGAAAAAUACAGCAUUUGUGAAGAAAAUUAAAAAUUUCUCUGCAGCCCAAGUUGAUAGUUAUGUUAAAGAUAUGUCUAGUUUAAAUUUAUCUAAGUAUAUAUCAGAAAUAGCAGCAGCUAUAGUAGAUUCUAAGCUUAAAAUGAGCGACGUGCCGGCAGCUGUGAAAUUAUGCAGCAUUUUACAUCAAACUUAUGCUGAAUUUUCACAACACCUUUUUGAAAAUUGGCAAAAAGCUUUGGCCAUUAAAGUAGGUGAAAAAAUUCCAAAUCCUAGCAAGUUACGUGUUGAUUUGAGAUUUUAUGCUGAUCUCUUGCAAGCUGGAGUAUUUUCAAAUAAAAACGCUCUCUCUUUACUUGGUUCUGUUUUGACUACUCUCAUUAAUAUGGAUAAAGAAGAGCACUUUAAUAUUGCCAUAAUAUUAAGUUUUUGUAGACAUUGUGGGGAUGAUUAUGCAGGUCUUGUGCCACGAAAAAUGAAAGAACUGUCUAUAAAAUACAAUAUAGAAAUACAAAAAAGUACUUUUCUGUCACCUGAAAAACAGCAAAAUGUUAGAACCCUCCUUAAAGACUAUUAUGUAUCAUUAAGUAAACACUUAGUAAAAGAUCACAUAGACAUGCAGAAUUUUGAAAAACAGAACCUGAGAAUCUUGCAAACCAAAGGUGAGUUAGCUCAAGAAAGAAAGGACAAACUUGAACAACUGCAAAGUGCUUGUGAGAAACUCCUAGCUAAUACUCAGAAUUAUUCUGAUAUUUUGGAUGAAGAUAUGCCAACUUUGAGAACACAAACUUUGCCAAAAGGAGAUGAAAAUAUGAUAAUAACUGGUUCAGGCACAGACUUAGAGGAUGGUGUUAAUAAUUUAGAAAGUAUAUGGUGUGAUGUGGAGACUCAAAAAUUCUACUGUGAUUUACCUGAACUGACUGUGUUUUUACCAACUGCUUUUUUGAAUAAAGGGCAAACUCCUCCUCCAGCAGAAAUCGUAACUGAGGAAGUUCUUGACAGUGAUUUACCCAUAGAGGAACUAGAAGAUGAUGGUAAAGCAGAAGAACCAGCCCCUGAAGAAGAAGUUGAAGAUGCUACAUCCACUACAGCUAGUAAUAAAAUAGUCCUAGAAGCAUUCUUAAACAAUCUACCUAAUUGUGUCAAUAGAGAGAUGAUAGAUAAUGCAGCAAUAGAUUUUCUUGUGACACUAAAUAAUAAACACAACCGCAAAAAAUUAGUCCGCACCUUAUUUGGAGUAAAUCGUACUAGACUGGAUUUGCUGCCAUUUUAUGCACGUUUUGUGGCAAUUUUACAUCCAGCCAUCCCAGAAGUAGGUACAGAAUUGUGCCAAAUGUUAAGGCAGGAUUUCAAAUACCACGUUAAGAAAAAAGAUCAGAUUAACAUUGAAUCUAAAAUCAAAGUUGUUAGGUUUAUUGGGGAACUCGUGAAAUUUAAACUAUAUUCAAAAAUAGAAGCAUUGUAUUGUCUUAAAGUUUUACUGCACGAUUUUUCCCAUCACAACAUAGAAAUGGCCUGCAAUUUACUUGAAGUGUGUGGUAGAUUUUUGUAUUGCAGUUCCGAUUCUUAUCCAAGAACUAAAGUAUAUUUAGAGCAAAUGAUGAGGAAGAAAGCUGUGAUGGCUUUUGAUUCUCGAUAUGUAACGCAAAUUGAAAAUGCUUAUUACUAUGUAAAUCCCCCAGAAGUGGUAACCAUAACUAAAAAAGAAAGGCCGGUUAUGCAUAAAUUUAUUAGAAAAUUGUUAUAUCAAGAUCUACAGAAGAAUAAUACUGAUAAAAUUAUGAGAUUAAUGAGAAAACUAGAUUGGGGAAAUGCAGAGAUAUCUGCUUAUGCCGUAAAAUGCUUGACAGGAGCACACAACCUUAAAUAUUUUAACAUAAGAUGUUUAGCCAAUCUUUUGGCAGGUCUCGUGGGUUAUCAAGAGGAAGUUGGUACUAAAGUAGUAGAUGGCGUUUUAGAAGAUAUUCGAUUAGGAAUGGAAAUAAACUUGCCAAAAUUUAACCAAAGAAGGAUAGCUCAAGUUAAAUAUCUUGGAGAGUUAUAUAACUACAGAAUGGUUGAAAGUUCAGAUGUGUUUAAGGUAUUAUAUUCAAUUAUAUCAUUUGGUGUUUCCAUGGAUCCAAAUGAGCCCUCACCUUUGGAUCCACCACAAAAUCUUUUCAGAAUUCGAUUAGCUUGUGUUCUCUUAGAAACUUGCGGUACAUACUUCAGUAGUGGUAACAGCAAAAGAAAAUUAGACUACUACUUAGCCUUUCUCCAAGCCUACUAUUGGAACAAGAAAAAAGCUUGGCAAGAGGGAUUUCCCCCGAUGCUUGAGCACAUUUUCAGGGAUACCCUAACUACUUUGAGGCCAAAGUUAAAACUUUGCCAGAACUAUGAAGAAGCUCUGGAAGAAUUGAAUAAUAUCAAAGUAACUUUGGGCAUUGAAAAACUGUUGGAAAUGGAUAACAGACAAACAGAUGAAGACGGUUUAGAUACAAUAGCAGAAACUGACAAUGAAGAGGGUGUUGAGGAAGAAACGUCAGAAGGGGUUACAGGACCUGUUACUGAUGAUACUGCUACUGAAGAUGAGAUUGUUGAUAAUACACAAGGAUCAGAUGAUGAAGGUGAAAAUAUGACAAGCGAAGCAGAACAGGAUCCGGUAUCCGAAUCUUUAGCAAUUCCAAGAGGUCCAAAGAAAGUUGAUUGUCCGGAAGACGAAGAUUUCCUCAAUGCUCUUGACAAGAUGGUGUCCGAAAAUAUUCAAGAACGAAUGAAAGAACCUGUUAAAGCUGGAAAUGUAGACAUUUCUGUGCCAGUAGUUUUAAAAUCUAACGUUAAGAGAACUUAUGAACAGUUACAGGAAGCUGCAAAUGAAAAUGAACAAGGGAAAAUCGGUUUUGUUCUCAUGGUACGCAAAGGCAACAAGCAACAAUACAAGCAAUUUGAAGCGGACGUCGAUUCUGAAUUAGCUCAAAAUCUAAGAGAUCAAGAACAAGUUCAAAAAGAAGAAAAGGAAAAAGUAAAACGAUUGACGUUGAACAUCACCGAAAGAUUUGAAGAAGAAGAUUAUCAGGAAAUGAUGCAACAACAAAGCAAACCCGUAACUCAAAAUUUAAACAGAGAACGGAAAAAAUACCAACAUCUUAAAGGUACUCCUGAUGCCGAUCUGAUUUUUGGACCCAAGAAAGUGCGGUAAUAGAAAAAAUACGAGGUGGAUUAUAGUCGGGAAUUUGACAGAAUAAAAACGUUUUUUAACGAAAGGGAUCGUUUAUGUAAUGUUGAAGAUUGUCUACAGAAUUUUUUAAGAGUUAAGUACUUAAAAGUUUUCUGGAUUGACGUUAUCUAGAAGUUUAUAAGAAUUCUGAGAAUAAAUUGACAGUUUGUUUCUUG